GUUCCUUCGCUAAAAUCAGUUCAUACGGAAUUUGUACCGAAGAAGGAGGCAUUUCGCAAACAGGACAGAAUAUAGAGAGCAGAGGAAGCAGUCUCCCGCCGCCCCUCCGCUACUGAACGAAGUGGAGCGCUAUUUAGAUACAUUUAAAAAAGAGCAGGCUGGAAACGCGCAGCAAGCGUUCUGUAUUUACCACACCUGUGAUGCGCUGUUUCUGAGCAACGAAGACGCACAGCGGGGAUACCAAUGGACAAGGUUCCGGACAAGGGUAUUUGCUGAAAGAAUACUCCGAUGCAGCCGUAGUAAGAUUGGCGGAAGAACGCGUGAACUGCGCUUUGGACAUACGAAAUAGAGAUAUCAGUCUUCAUUUUGUCGCGCCACAUUCUUUGUCGAAACUUCAACGGUAAGGUGAUAAUUAUGAUGGUGUUCCACCUGGGUUCCUUUGUCAGCUGGAGGUCCGGAGUAAUGCUUGUGCGGGGCUUGCUGCUUUUCGCCGGAUUUACCUGCAUCGACUCCCAGCAUGUGGCCACAGUGACGAACCCCCUCCCGGCAGCCUUCUCGGACCUGCUGCCCCACUUCCUGGUGGAGCCGGACGACGUGUACAUUGUGAAGAACAAGCCGGUCACCCUCACUUGCCGCUCCACCCCGGCCACGCAGAUCUACUUCAAGUGCAACGGGGAGUGGGUCCACCAGGACGACCACCUGAUCGAGCGCACCGUGGACCCUGCUACCGGGCUGCCAGUUAUGCAGGUGAAAAUUGACAUCUCCAGGCAGCAGGUGGAGAAGAUCUUCGGGCUGGAGGACUACUGGUGCCAGUGUGUAGCCUGGAGCACUACAGGAACCCAGAAGAGCCAAAAGGCAUACGUACGGAUCGCUUAUCUAAGGAAGAACUUUGAAGAGGAGCCAUUGGGCAAGGAAGUGGCCCUGGACCAGGAAGUCCUGCUAAGAUGCCACCCCCCAGAGGGCAUCCCAACUGCGGAGGUUGAGUGGCUGAAGAAUGAGGAGCUGAUCGACCCCGCCACCGACCCCAAUUACUACAUUACCGUCGACCAUGACCUCAUCAUCAAACAAGCUCGUCUGGCAGACACGGCCAACUACACCUGCGUGGCCAAGAACAUCGUGGCCCGGCGCAAGAGCUCCUCUGCGACCGUCAUUGUUUAUGUCAAUGGCGGCUGGUCCACAUGGACGGGGUGGGCGGCCUGCAGUGCCACCUGCGGGCGGGGCUGGCAGAAGAGGAGCCGGAGCUGCACAAACCCCACCCCCCUGAACGGAGGCACCUUCUGCGAGGGGCAGAACAUCCAGAAAAGCGUCUGCACUGCCACCUGUCCAGUAGAUGGAGGCUGGAGCGAGUGGAGCAAGUGGUCGGCCUGCGGGGCGGACUGCACCAUGUGGCGGAGCAGGGAAUGCAGCCAGCCCGCACCUGGGACCGGGGGCAAGGACUGCCAGGGCCUGGACCUCCAGUCGCUCAACUGUACCAGCGAGCUGUGCCCACAGACUGCAUCGGGCCCCGAGGACGUGGCCCUGUAUGUGGGCAUCGUCGCCGUGGCGAUCUGCCUGACCCUCCUCCUUAUCGUGGUGGUGCUGGUGUACCGGCGCAAGAAGGAGGGCCUGGACGCCGACGUGGCCGACUCGUCCAUCCUCACCACCGGCUUCCAGCCCGUGGGCGUCAAGCCCGCCAAGCCAGAGAACUCCCAUUUGCUUACCAUCCAGCCUGACCUCACUACCACAACAAGCAGUUACCAGGGUAGCCUGCGUUCACGUCACGAUGCCACCACCAAGCUCUCUGUGACCAAUGGGCCACUGCUGGACCCGUUACCCAACGGGUCGCACACGCUUCACAAUGGCAAACUGCCCUCUGACCCUGCAGAGUUCAUGAACCGGCUGUCGGCUCAGGGUUACUUUAAGACCCUGCCCCGUGACACUGCCAACACCUCCUAUGGCACCUUCAACUUCCUGGGAGGACGACUGACCAUUCCCAACACUGGAAUCAGCCUGCUUAUUCCUCCAGAGGCCAUUCCCAGAGGGAAAAUCUAUGAGAUUUAUCUCACGGUUCACCGCAAGGAAGACGUGAGACUGCCCCUCGCUGGCUGCCAGACUCUCCUCAGCCCCAUCAUCAGCUGUGGCCCGCCAGGCGUGGUUCUGACCCGGCCGGUCAUCCUCAGCAUGGACCACUGCUCCGACGCCAACCCUGAGAACUGGGCCAUGAGGCUGAAGAAACAGUCAUACGAGGGCACGUGGGAGGAUGUGCUGCAGGUGGGGGAGGAGCUGCCCUCGGACCCUUUCUUCUGCCAGCUGGAGGCGGAGACGUGCCGCGUGUUCACCGAGCAGCUGGGCCGCUUCGCCCUGGUGGGCGAGUCGCUCAGCAUGGCCGCCGCCAAGCGGCUCAAGCUGGUGGUGUUCGCCCCCAUCCACUGCACCACCCUGGAGUACAGCAUCCGCGUCUACUGCAUGGACGACACCCAGGACGUGCUCAAGGAGGUGAUGCAGAUGGAGAAGCAGCUGGGGGGACGCCUGAUCGAGGAGCCCCAGGUCCUCCUCUUCAAAGACAGCUACCACAACCUGCGUCUGUCCAUCCACGACAUGCCUCGCGCCCACUGGAGGAGCAAGCUGCUGGCGGGAUACCAGGAGAUCCCCUUCUACCACAUCUGGAGCGGAUCUCAGCGCAGCCUGCACUGCACCUUCACCCUGGAGCGCCUCAGUCUGAGCACGUGCGAGCUCACCUGUCAGCUCUGCGUGUGGCAGGUGGAGGGGGAGGGCCAGAGCUUCAACAUCGACUUCAACAUCGCCAAGGACAACAGGCCCCUGGACGCUGAUUUCCUGGUCCUGGACAACAGCGCCCCUGCCCUGGCCGGCCCCAGUGCGUUCCAGAUCCCAUACCUGAUCCGGCAGAAGAUCUGUAGCAGCCUGGACGCGCCCUGCCCCCACGGAGCUGACUGGAGGCUGCUGGCUCAGAGACUUCAGCUGGACAGACACCUCAGUUUCUUUGCAUCCAAAGCCAGCCCAACCUCAGUGAUCCUGGACUUGUGGGAGGCGCAGCACUUCCACAGCGGUAACCUCAACCAGCUGGCAGCCGUGAUGGCCGAGAUCGGGAAACAGGAAGCCAUGAUCUUCCUGGUGACAGACGGGGAGUGCUAACCCCCUGAACAGGAGGAGAAGGAGGGGGGGGAGGAGGAGCCUGGACAGCAUACACACCAAUGGAGGUAUGGGGGGUGGAAUACAGGGUUCAACUACCCACUCCCCACCUGAAGAGAACUCAACUUAAACCCACCGGGGUCCUGGAUGGGUCGCCAAGGGUAAUGCUUUCGGCAUUGGUGUUCUUAGUGGUUCUCUUGUCGGAACAUGGGGGGAGCCGUAAUGGCUGAGGUUAAAUUUGAGAAGCCCUUAUCAACUCUCACCCCCCCCCCCCCCCCCCAAAAAA